AUCAGGCUGGGCAGCGGGCGGGGGCACGUCAGGCUGGGCAGCGGGCGGGGGCACGUCAGGCUGGGCAGCGGGCGGGGAAUCAUCUGGCACGACAGCGGGCACCGAAUCAUCUGGCACGACAGCGGGCACCGAGCCAUCUGGCAAGACAGCGGGCUCCGAGUCAUCUGGCACGACAGUGAGCUCCGAGUCAUCUGGCAGAACCGCGGGCACCGGGUCACCAAGCUCGACAGCAGGCACCGAGUCAUCUGGCAUGACAGCGGGCUCCAAGUCAUCUGGCAGAACCGGGGGCACCGAGUCAUCUGG